AUGAAUGCUGAUAAAUUGAAUAGUUUGAAGAAUUUCUUUGAAUCAGAAUACUUUACUCCUGAGAUGCUUUUGCAAAAUAUCUCCAAAUAUAGGGAUUAACCUGAUGUGUUGAAUUUACUAGCAGAACGUCUGAACAAAAUACCGGAGAAGACAAUAACAUUUUAUUCUCCUUAAUUUUGUUAAUUGCUUAUUAAAACUGAAGUUUAAUAACUUUUUGAUUUCUUUAAGCAAUAAUGCAGUCAGUCGAUGUCUAUGUUUUUUAAUCUGUAUUGGUUAUUGGGGGCUUAUCUGCAAUUGGAGAAGCAAAAGAAGAAGAAGUAGAAGAUCGAUCAAUUCUUAAGAUAAAUGGAAAUGGCAAUGGUGAAUGGCUAAUUCAAUGAGAAGAGAUUUGAAUCACUAGAUUAAGAAGAAUAAAAUAAAAUCUUAUUAAGAGAUUUUCAAGAAAAAGACCUAAGAUAAGAAUACUUCACAGAAGUCCAAAAGUUUAUGGGAACCUUGAUUAAGCACUCCUUAGUAUUGAAGGAAUUUGCAAGAGAGGAUCGCAAACAUCAUCUCAAAUUACUCAUUCAAAAACAGAAUUAAAGUUUAUAGAGAAUAGUUAAGAAAUUCUAACUUGGAAUAUCUCUGCCCUUUUAUGAUGAUGAUAAAUAACAGAGUAAUUCAUAUUGCAUUGUAAAUAUUUUGGAAAAACAUCAAAUUUGUUUCCAUACAAAAAAAAGAGUGCCCUAUUUGAUACUCGUAGAAACAAUCAAAGAUAGUCCCAUAGAAAUGAAUCAAUAUCAGGUUAUACCAGCACAAUUGUAGCCAAAUAUUGAGGUAGCUGGUUAUAUAGAAGCAUAAUUGAACGAUUAGGGAUUUGAAAGACAAAUGGCAUAAAUAGAUGUGGAAGAAUAAAAAUUAUAUCAUGAGGCACUAGAGAAGAUUAUGAAGAUGGAGAAGAAAGGAAAGAGAUAGAGUUAGAUCAUGUAAAGCAUCGAUCAAUAUAUGUAAAAAUAAGUCAAAAAACAAUAAAUCUCUGAUGAUUAAGACAAAAAGAAGAUGGAAUAAUAAUAGUAAGACUCAUUUCAACGCAAGAGAUUGUUAUCAUUACAAUCUACCAGAUAACCGUAAAAUCAACGUAAAUCAAGAUCAUAAGAAAAGAAUGAGGAAAAAUAUCAAGAAUUUUAGAAAUAACUAUAAAUGAUACUGCCAGUAGAAAAAUUAUAUAUGCUCAAGAAAUUCAAGAAGAGAAACUUUCAAUUAUGGGAAUAAAGUUGGGAAGAAAAAAUACAGAAUUACAAAAAAGAAUCAAGAUACCAAAACUUUCCAUCCUUCAAGAUUAGACCAAUUAUUAUUAAGGGAGGAGAUGAUCUCAGACAAGAAAUGUUCGCAAUUUAAAUGAUGAAAUAGUUCAAUAGGAUAUUUAAAGAAUCAGAUUUGAAACUCUAUUUAAGACCCUAUCAAAUUAUUGUCACUUCAGCUAACUCUGGAAUUGUUGAGUAUAUUCCAAAUACAACAUCAAUUGAUUCCCUCAAGAAAAUGUUUGGAAAUGGUACCAAGACUCUCUACUAAAUUUAUUAGGAAGUUUUCGGGAAUUCUUUUGAAGAAGCAUAGAAGAAUUUCAUUGAAAGUUUAGCCAGCUAUUCAUUGUUUUCUUAUUUGAUGUAGAUUAAGGAUAGACACAAUGGAAACUUGUUAAUAGAUGAUAGAGGCCAUAUUAUUCACAUUGAUUUUGGUUUCUUAUUGUAAACCUCCCCAGGCGGAGUUAAUUUUGAAUCAGCCCCUUUUAAAUUGACUCAAGAAUAUGUGGAAUUAAUGAAGGGGAGAGAAAGUGACUAUUUCGGAUAUUUCAAAACCUUGAUGACCAAAGGAUUCUUAGCAUUGAAGAAAUAUGUUAUAGAAAUCGAGAAUUUCUUUAAGAUAAUGGUGGAGAAAUCUGAUUUGCCUUGCUUUGGUAAUUUGGAUUUGAAGGCAUUCACCAAUAGAUUUUAAUUGAAUGCAACUGAUUAAGAAAUUAUGGGUCUAGUGGAUAGAUUGAUAAAUUAAAGUUUAUCAAGUUGGAGAACUGCUUAAUAUGACAAUUUUCAGAAGAGAACUAAUGGAAUAUUGCCUUGA